UGGCAGCGGUACCGCCGCCCUAAACCACCGCGCCCCUUUUCCAGCCCGCGACGUCGUCGUGAAAGCGAGCCAGCGGCGGCCGCCCAGAAACAAGUGGCCCAGGCUGGUAACCGCGAGAACCCCCUCACAAACUGCGGCCUGGCGAAAAGAAGCCUGAGUGAGCGGCGGUGAUCAGCUUCCCCUCGGCCGAUUCUGGGCCCUGUAACGCCUUGGAAGAGCCAACGUUUUCCGUUUCCUGCCGCCCUCCUCCGCAGCCUUGUUCCGCGGACGAGCCCCAGAGGCCUCCGUGCCCUCCUCAGCGGUGUCGGGGCUUGGCCCCAGCCUCCAUGUUCAUCUCUCAGGAUGGCGAGCAGCAGCGGCUCCAAGGCCGAAUUCAUUGUCGGAGGGAAAUAUAAACUGGUACGGAAGAUCGGGUCUGGCUCCUUCGGGGACAUUUACCUGGCGAUCAACAUUACCAACGGCGAGGAAGUGGCAGUGAAGCUAGAAUCUCAGAAGGCCAGGCAUCCCCAGUUGCUGUACGAGAGCAAACUCUAUAAGAUUCUUCAAGGUGGGGUGGGCAUCCCCCACACACGGCGGUAUGGUCAGGAAAAAGACUAUAAUGUGCUAGUCAUGGAUCUUCUUGGACCCAGCCUCGAAGACCUCUUCAAUUUCUGUUCAAGAAGGUUCACAAUGAAAACUGUACUUAUGUUAGCUGACCAGAUGAUCAGUAGAAUUGAAUAUGUGCAUACAAAGAAUUUUAUACACAGAGACAUUAAGCCAGAUAACUUCCUAAUGGGUAUUGGGCGUCACUGUAAUAAAUUAUUCCUUAUUGAUUUUGGUUUGGCCAAAAAGUACAGAGGCAACAGGACAAGGCAACACGUACCAUACAGAGAAGUUAAAAAUCUCACUGGCCCUGCCCGAUGCACUAGCAUCAAUUUACAUCUUGGUAUUGAACAGAGUCGCGGAGAUGACAUGGAAUCAUUAGGAUAUGUUUUGAUGUCUUUUAAUAGAACCAGCCUGCCAUGGCAAGGACUAAAGGCUGCAACAAAAAAGCAAAAAUACGAAAAGAUGAGUGAAAAGAAGAUGUCCACUCCUGUUGAAGUUUUAUGUAAGGGGUUUCCUGCAGAAUUUGCCAUGUACUUCAACUAUUGUCGUGGGCUGCGCUUUGAGGAAGCCCCGGAUUACAUGUAUCUGAGGCAGCUAUUCCACAUUCUUUUCAGGACCCUGAACCACCAAUAUGACUACACAUUUGAUUGGACAAUGUUAAAGCAGAAAGCAGCACAGCAGGCAGCCUCUUCAAGUGGGCAGGGCCAGCAGGCCCAAACCCCCACAGGCAAGCAAACGGACAAAACCAAGAGUAACAUGAAAGGUUUCUAAGCAUGAAUUGAGGAACAGAAGAAGCAGAGCAGAUGAUUGGAGCAGCAUUUGUUUCUCCCCAAAUCUAGGAAUUUUAGUUCAUAUGUACACUAGCCAGUGGUUGUGAACAACCAUUUACUUGGUGUAAAGAACUUAAUUUCAGUAUAAACUGGCUCUGGGCAGCAGGGGUGAUGCCGUGUCCCGAGUUGUAGCCGCUGUAAUUGUGAAUAUUAACUGAGAUAGUGAAACAUGGUGUCCAGUUUUCUGUUGCAUUUUUUUCAAGUGGAAAAGCUAACUAAAUGGUU